AUGGACAUAAACUGCAGGGAAUGCAGUGGGGUGCUGGAGGUCAGGGGUGGGGUUGGGGGCCAGGACUGCGGACUGGGCCCCGCAGGGGAGACCAGGAGUCCUGGUGAGUACUACCUGAAGAUGACCUCUUCUGGCCAUCCCAGCCCCCAGGGGCACCCUCCCCGGAUGGUGAAGCCCCCAGGAACUCUGGGUCCUCAUGAGGCCGACUUUCCAGGCCUGAGCUCCCAGGGCAUCCUGGCUCAGCUGAAGAAGCAGUUCCCGAGGUUCUCUCCUCACCUGCGGGCACAGGUGGACAGCCUUUACUACUUGCUCCAGAAGAUUCGGCAGGAUCUACAGGAACAUAACAGGCAGGCAGAACAUUUUCGACAGUUCAUAGAGACGUGCAACCAAUCCCUGGGCUUCCAGGCAGGGGAGGCUGACCAGGACUCCUGGGGACCCGCCAGUACCAAGGUUUCCCAGCACCCAAGGGUCAAGCCCCCACAGCCCUCCGGUCUUCAGGGGCCAGACUUCAAAGACGUCUUGGCCACAAGGUCAUCCGACUGGCUCCAGCAGCCCUUUGGAGUGGACGACUCCCCAGCUCACCCGCUAGACACACGGCCGGCCGGGGACUCUGAGCCCCAGUUUUGGCAGGAUGUUCUGACCCAGCAACUCUGGCAGAUGUUUGCCGGGACCCACGAUAAGGUGGACCCAUCGAGACACAGGCCGAGAGAACAGAUGCCAGGCAUGGAGAGCCAGAACGUAGAACCAUUCUACUUUGGAGCAGAACCCUAUACCGAAGAUGCUUUGGGUUUCCCAGAAGGGAGCAUAGGGCCAGGCAUGGCACCAGGGGUGAUGCUGUCCCGUGUGGCCCAGGAGCCUGCUAGGAGAACCUAUCGCUUUCUGAAGCCCAUAUGCUGGGACCCUGAGGACUUCGAAGUCACAUGGAAGAGGCCAGAUGCCUUGCCCUGGCAACCCAAGAAGCUGGCCAUCCCACACAGAAUGAAGCUGAUGCGGACGCUGAAGCACGGGGAGUCCGUGCUGGCCACGGCGGUGAGCAGCUUCACGCGGCACGUGUUCACCUGCAGCAGGAGUGGCGUCAAGGUGUGGAGCCUGGUCGGCCAGAUGGUGGAGGACAGAUUCCCCGUCAGCCACCUGCGUGUCCAGACCCCAGGGGCCUACCUACGCACCUGCCUGCUGUUCUCCAACAGCACGACGCUGCUGACGGGCGGCCACAACCUGGCCAGCGUGAGCGUUUGGGACCUGAUGGCACCCUCCCUGCACAUAAGAGAUGAGCUGCCCGCUGCCGAUCUCACUUGUCAGGCCCUGGCUGCCAACCUGGAGGACAGCCUGGCCUUCGCCAGCUUCACCGAAGGCACCAUCAGGAUCUGGGACUUGCGGGACCACAGUGUGGUCAGGGACCUGCCGGGCCCACCGAAUGGAGCCAAGAGCAUUGUUGUCAAAGACAGUAACAUCUGGACCGGGGGUCUCGAUGCCUGCCUGCGGUGCUGGGACCUGAGGACCAAGGGGCCCCGGGAAUACCAAUUUGAGUCUCAGAUAAUAAGCCUGUCCCCCAGCCCCCGGGAGGACUGGGUUCUGGUGGGCACAGCCAAUGGCCAGCAGUGGCUGCAGUCCACCCUCGGGGACCAGAAGCACAUGGUGGGCUGUAAGGACAGUACCAUCCUCGGUCUCAAGUUCUCCCCUCUCGGCCAGUGGUGGGUGAGCGUGGGGAUGGACAACCUGGUCAGCAUCUACGGCAUGCCCACCGGAACCGUGCAGUUCCAGGUUCCCGAGAGAACUUCUGUCAUGUGCUGUGACGUUUCCUCUAACAACCGCCUGAUCGCCACGGGGUCCAGGGACCAUGCCUCAGUGUACCAGAUCAUGUACUAAGGGGCUCACUACUGCCAUCUCAACUCGGGGUCCUUUCCCCCCCAAUGAGGGGGGCAGCGGUGGAGGGUCAUGAUGGGUGGG